AUGCCGAAUUCCGCUAUUGGCCAGCUACGAAUCCAGCUGCCAGGGGCCAACCUGCUGUGUCUGGUGGUGGGAGAUGAGGCCAAGUCCAACACGAUUCCCUAUUGCAUUCCCUCGCUGUCGCUUGCGACGGCUCAAAUCGGUCCUCGAGUGCUCCUUUCCCUCGACAUCACGAGGGUGGAAGCUUACACGCUGGUGGUGCCUUUGGCGCGCCUCUCGCGCCUACACUUUGUUCCUGCCGCGGCUCUUGCACCCCUCAAGGUUCUCGAUACACAAUGCCGUUUUGAGGACCCGGCGAAGAGGUCUGGUUGCAACGCCAUGAUGUCGAACGCCGGCCCCUUGACGACAACGUUCACAGCGCCAUCGAGUUGUGCUACAGCCACAGGCCUCUAUCAAAUAUGGCCGGAAGCGGAUACGUACUAUUACGAGCAAGGCCCGCUUGGCAGCAGGACAGAGUGCUACCCGAGUGGCUACGAUGCGUCGUCAUCGCAGUACUAUUCACCAGGUUUAUGUCCUAGCGGGUACACGCCUGCUUGCUCCAGUACUGGUAUUGUCUCGCGCACGGCGACUGAGACGGCCUACACAUGCUGCCCCACGGCUGCUGUCUACACAUGCGCCGGUGCUAUAGAUGACCUCGAGGCCCCCCAAACGAAUUCAGGUUGCACCACGACAUUCGAUCUGGAUUUGGUCCUCGCACGGAUAACAGCGAUUUCGGAUGGACACACAGAUCUGAUACAGUCGACGACGGAGACUGCAGGAGCAGGCCUAGGAGCAAAUGGUAUAGCAGUGCGCUUUAGGUCAGGGGAUUUCAGCAGCGAUGUCGCCGCCAUGACCUCGUCUUCGGCUUCUGUGAUAUCAGCAGCAUCGGACUCGGCCACAUUAUCGAUUUCAUCUCCUACGUCCUCGUCAGGGUCAUAUUCUUCUAGCACGCCGGGUUCAGGGUCAAGUACGCACAGGGGCGUUAGCACCAAACAAGCCAUCGGGAUAGGUAUCGGAGCGGCAGCUGCAGUUUUGAUAAUUAUCGUCUCGGCGUGGCUGUUUCUUUACCUUCGACGGAAGAAGCAGAGGAUAAGGGCACAGAUCGAGACGCCUAUCCCACCGCCUGCACCACCUCCAAAAGACAGGAGAUUUCGAUCGCCACCGCCAAAUCUUGACCUCAGCCCUAGUGGCAACGGCAGCAUUGCGUCCGUGGCCCGAAGCGUGAAUGGGAAGAUGGUCAGAGGUCCGUUCGAGUUGCAGUCGGAUGGGAAGGAGAAGAAGCACCUGUAUGAAAUGUUCGGGGGAUACCACAACAACCAGAGCCUGGCCAGCACACCGAAAUCCAACGACCCGCUGCGCUCGAACCCAAUGACACCUUCUUUUUGGUCACCGCCAUCGAGCUUUGGGUUCCAACCGGCAGAGUUGGAAUCACCACAGAGGAGCAUAAUGUCUGCGGGGUCCGGUCAUCUGCAUGGCCGCGCAGAGCUUGCGUCACCCUGA